CUUUCUUUUCUCCUCCGCCUUUCAUCAUGUCAUUUCUCAAAGGACGUAUUCAACUUUCAGAUAACCAGGAUAGAAAUAUAAGAACAAGAAACACCUGGUUAGGCUACCUUGCUCUUCCCUGCUGUACUUAUCUAAACUUGAAGCGAAUACAGCUUCCUGAUGACUCCGACGAUGAACAGCUUGUUGAUGAACAAGACUUGGAGUAUGAACCACAACCUUAUAUGCCAAGUCAUAUUCCAACGUUUCAAACGCAAAAUUCACAACAAAUUUUAUCCAAAAAUCCGUUUGCUCGAGCAGAAGAACCUUCAGAUGAGGAUGGCAAGUCUAUACAGACUGAACUAGAAGAUAGCGGACAGACAAGUGUGCAAGCACAAGGUAGCGAAGAACUUGUAGAAUUUAAUAGUACUUCAUUUGCCACUCGAAAUUAUGAGAAUGAGCCUGACUGGACAGAGCUAUAUCAUGAUGAUGAUGGUUCUGACAAAGAAAAUGAAAGCAAAGGAAAGGAAGAGCAAGUAGAUGCCUUAGAUGAUACCCAGAAGGUGACCGAAGAACUCGAUGUUUUUGAUAAGAAGCAAGAAGAAAAGAUACCGCAGAUUGAAAAAGAAGUAUUGCAUUUAUUACCUUUACCAGAGCUGUCAGAGGAAAUUCCGCCUAAUAUGAUUCACAAAUCAUUAUCUCUUGAAAUAUCUCUGUAUGGUGAAGAACCUCUCACCUCAGGAAGCCGUUCAAGUCACAGACAAUCUCUGUCAUUAAAUAGAUUCUCUCAACUCUCUUUUAGCUCUUAUAUACAGUCUGCAGAGGAUUCUUCAGAAUCAGGGCAACAGGAUAGGCUUAUGGAUCCAUUAUCAGUGCAGACAGAGCAAAUAGAUAAAACAGAACCUACUCCUACUGCAUCAAGCUCUCUUGUGGACGAUAAAGCAGAGAAGACUACAGUGGAUGAAGAAGUAUCCGAAGAUCCUCUUAUAAAAUCUAAUUCAGUAAUAAAUAAAGAAAGCAAUUCUGAAUCAAACCAAAAUGGCAUAGACUUUCUACGUAGAGGUAGUAGUUCAUUUAUCGAGGCUGCUGCUCGCUUUAUGACACAUGUUACUGGUGAUGAACAACCAUUUGCGCCAAUGUCUUUUCUGUCCGUAUUGGCUGAAUCGCCACCUUCAGCAGAAGAUGUAACAGAAGAAGAAGAAGAAUUAUUUGACUUCUCUAAAGUGGUUGAAAUCGGUAAAAGCAUGAAAAGCUUUAGUGAAGAGCUUGUAGAGAGUAGCAUCCGAAUGCUUAAUGAUGUUGGUACUCGAGUAAAAACUACAGUUGAACAACAACAAGACGACGAUGUAGUAAGUCAAGAAGAAGAAGAAGACGCUCAUGACAAUGACUGGUUGGAUAUACAUAUCUAA